AUGUACUCGGCUGCUCGCUCAGAUACCCUUUUCUUGGGCGGAGAAAAAGUCAGCGGUGAUGAUAUCAGAAACCAGAAUGUCAUGGCUGCACUUUCGGUCGCCAAUGUGGUCAAGUCUUCCCUUGGACCAGUUGGUUUAGACAAAAUGCUAGUAGAUGACAUUGGUGACGUGACUGUUACGAAUGAUGGUGCCACCAUUUUGGCGCUUUUGGAUGUCCAGCACCCGGCUGGUAAGAUUUUGGUCGACUUGGCCCAGCAGCAGGAUCGUGAGGUCGGUGACGGUACUACGUCGGUUGUUAUUUUCGCUUCUGAGUUGUUGAAGAGAGCCAACGAGUUGGUCAGAAACCAGGUCCAUCCAACCACUAUUAUCACAGGUUACAGAUUGGCUUUGCGUGAAGCUAUUCGUUAUGUUAACGAGGUGCUUUCCCAGUCCGUCAGCGACUUGACUAAAGACACGUUGGUGAGCAUCGCCAGAACAUCCAUGUCGUCAAAGAUCAUUGGAUCUGACUCUGAAUUCUUCGGUAACAUGGUCGUGGAUGCCAUGUUGGCUGUUAAGACCACUUCUCCAAAGGGAGAGACGAAAUACCCUGUCAAGGCUGUUAACAUCUUGAAGGCUCAUGGUAAGUCUUCCACCGAAUCCAUGUUGGUGGAUGGUUACGCUCUUAACUGUACUGUCGCUUCUCAGGCUAUGAACAAGUCUGUCAAGAACGCCCGUAUUGCUUGUUUGGACAUUAACUUGCAGAAGGCUCGUAUGGCUAUGGGUGUCCAGAUUAACAUUGAAGAUCCAGACCAGUUGGAAGAAAUCAGAAAGAGAGAGUACGGCAUUAUCAUUGAAAGAAUUAAGAAGAUCAUCAAUGCAGGUGCCAAUGUCGUUCUUACAACUAAGGGUAUUGAUGAUCUCUGUUUGAAGGAGUUCGUCGAGGUUGGCGCUAUUGCUGUAAGAAGAUGCAAGAAGGAGGACUUGCGUAGAAUCGCUCGUGCUACUGGUGCCACCCUUGUUAGCAACUUGUCCAACUUGGAGGGUGAAGAAACUUUCGAAUCCUCUUACUUGGGUUACGCUGACGAGGUUGUUCAGACCAGAGUUAGCGACGACGAAUGUAUCUUGGUCAAGGGUACGAAACAGCACUCUUCGUCUUCUAUCAUCUUGCGUGGUCCUAACGAGUACUCUUUGGAUGAGAUGGAGAGAUCGAUUCACGAUUCCUUGUGUGUUGUGAAGAGAACCUUGGAGGGCGGUAACGUUGUCCCAGGUGGUGGUGCAGUCGAAGCAGCUUUGAACAUAUACUUGGAAAACUUUGCUACUACUGUUGGCUCAAGAGAGCAGCUUGCAAUUGCAGAGUUUGCUAACGCUCUAUUAGUUAUUCCAAAAACAUUGGCUGUCAAUGCCGCAAAGGACUCAUCCGACUUGAUUGCCAAAUUGAGAACAUAUCACGCAGCUUCCCAAACGGCGUUGCCUACAGACGUGAAGAGAAAGAAGUACAAGAACUACGGUUUGGACUUGCUCAACGGUAAGAUCGUCAACGAGACGCUACACGGCGUCUUGGAGCCUACAGUUUCGAAGGUCAGAUCGUUGAAAUCAGCUUUGGAAGCAUGCAUCUCUAUCUUGAGAAUCGACACGAUGAUUACGGUGACUCCAGACCCACCAAAAGAGGACCCUCACCAGCACUAA